AUGAAAUUCAUUGACCUGAGUCACUCUCAAAUUUUGAUUGAGACACCUGACUUGAGCGGAGUCCCAAAUCUUGAGAAACUAAAGCUUGUACGUUGUACAAGAUUGUCUAAGGUCCACCUGUCCAUUGGAUUUCUAAGACAACUUAGACGGUUGAAUCUACAAGGUUGCAAAUGUCUUAAGGGACUUCCAGAAGAGAUCAACUUGGAAUCUCUUGAAUUUCUUAAUCUUUUUGGUUGUUCAAGACUCAACAAGUUUCCAAAUAGUGUGAGUAAUAUGACAUCUUUGCAUGAACUUUAUUUGGGUGGGACUGCCAUAAAAAAGUUACUAUUAUCAUUUAAGAGUUUGUCGUCCCUUGUAUGUCUUAAUAUAUCUGAUUGCUCAAGACUAGAGAAAAUCCCAAAGAACAUGAUUAGUGGUAUGAAAUGUCUAGAGUACUUUCGUGCAGCUCGAAGUGGAUCAGAUCUCAUUAGUCUUUUGAUGCCUAAUUCCUUCUCAGGUUUAAGCUCUUUAAGAGAACUAGAUUUGAGUUAUUGCAAUCUAUCAGAUGGAGCAAUUCCUAGUGAUUUUAGUUGCUUAUCCUCACUUUAUUCUUUAGACCUAAGCGGGAACAAAUUUACGAGGAUACCAGAUAGCGCCUGGCAACUUUCCAGUCUUAUGACCCUAGAUUUGAGUUAUUGCAACCUAUUGGAUGGAGCGAUUCCAAAUGAUCUUAGUUGCUUAUCCUCACUUUAUUCUUUAAAACUUAGCGGGAAUAAAUUUACAAGAAUAUCAGAUAGUGUGGGUCAACUUUCUCAUCUUUAUUUUCUUAAGUUGGAAGAUUGUAUUUGGCUUCAAGUAUUGCCGAAGCUUCCAUUGGGAUUAGCAGGCUUGUUUCUAAGAAAUUGCCCAUCGCUGAAGUUGUUCUAUAACCAAAAGGACCUGUGGACUUCAAAUGAUUGCUCUUUUGUGGUCGCUUAUAUUGAUUAUGAUGGCAAACCCUGCAAGAUCCUACAUCUGCAUCCACGAAGUCCUUUAUGGACCGAGAGCGAUAUUAUUACUCAACGUUUUUAUACUGAGGUAGCAUGUGGCCCUACUACACUAGUGGGAUCAGGUAUCCCAGAGUGGUUCAAUGAUAAAAGUACUAAUUCGUUUGGAACAAUUCAAAUGCAUACAGAUUUGGGCUCAAAUGAGUGGAAGGGAAUAUUUGAGGGUGGUAAUCCUCAUUUUCCCUACUUUCUUUGUCAAUUUCAAGCCAACAAAGUUGAUCUUGGAAAACCCUUAGUCCUUUGUGCCCGUGGAGUCCCUUCUGUUGGGCCAAGUGGAUUUUGGGUAUAUAUACCAGCUAAGUGGUUCAGGAGUAGAGGGAGAAAUAGUUUGGAAAGAUGGAGCAACCUUGAGGCUUCAAUUACAACAGGGAGCCUAAAUGUAGAGGUGAAGGAGUGUGGGGCACGAGUAGUACGUCACCAUGAUGCUUCAGAGUUAUACCAAGUUCUGAACAGCAUUUCUCCACGUGGUUUGGAUUUAGAAAGUUAUGAGAAUCUUUUUUCUCCUUUGAACGAUAUGGCGGUCCAAGGCCCGAUUGAAGGAAAUAUAUUGUGA